UGUGUGUCUAUGUGUGUGUUAGUUUAAUUUCUGCGAGCGCAAUGUGUUAUAAACGGACGGUUAUGUCAGCCGAACUGGGCCCAAGGCCACUGCUGGAAAAUGAGGGCUGAACAGAAAGUUGCACAGCUGUGUUUUCUUGACGUAUAUUUCACCGGUUAGGAUGGAGAAGUCCAUAUGAUUGAAAUGAUCAGUCAUUAUUUUUCUAAUUAACCUGCAGUUGAACAGAGACGAUUUAUCAGUCAAGUAAAAAUGUUUUAUUUGUGAUUUGUUAGGGUCAUUUAGAGGUUUCAACCUCUGAGGUUGAAGGAUUAUCUGCUCACUAAAUACAUACAUAUACUGGUUUACUUUAUCAGGCACAUUUAAAAACAAUUACGUUGUGGGACUCUUGAGCUUUUAUAAUUUAUCAUCAUCAUUAUUAUUAUUAUUUGGCCUUUAAAUGUCUGUCUGUCUGGUAUAGGCGUUGCUGUAUAGGGUAGAGGAUGGCACUAACAAUAAGACAGGAGGCAGAGCUGAAGGUGUGAGGAUUUUCAUUGGGACUGACCAGGAUGGACAGGAUUAAAAAAAGAGUACAUCAGAGGGACGGCUUAGGUUAAGUGGUUUAGAGACAAAGAGAUGAGGCUGAGAUGGUUUGGACAUAUGCAGAAGAGUGAUAGUGGAUAUACUGGCCAAAUUAUGUUGAAUGUGGAGCUGAACAGCGGAAGACCUCAGAGAAGAUUCUGAGGACAGAGAAGGAAGCCAUAGAAAGGGCUGAUGUGACAGAGGAGGAUACUAGGGACAGGGUGAGAUGGAGGCUGAUUAUCUGCUGUGGUGACCUCUAAAGGGAGCAGCUGAAAGAAGUCUGGUAUAGGCAAAGCUUCCUGUGGUCUAUUCAACAUGUCACAAUCCUAGGACAUGAAAUGUAUAAUUUUAUAAAACAAUAAAAAGCAGCAAAUCCUCCUCUUUGAGAAGCUGGAACCAAGUAAUAAAUAACGUAACAAAGCAUUGGGUGAUUUUUAUUUCAAAUAGUCAGGCAUUGUCAUAGUUUCCUUUUUUUGGGGGGGGGCUCUUAAGUAUUUCAGUAAUGAGUACCUCAAAUCAAUGAGUGCCUCCCACUUGAUUGCCUCAGUCAGAUUUCUUUGUUUAUAAACCUUAAGAAUUACAAUUGAAGUGCACAGGAAUUUGAUGGACAUUGGGAAUUACUAUAUUGGAAAAGUAUUUAAACUUAGGAGAUCAUGACUAGAAGAUGAGCAUGUAUUUAAAUGUUGGUAAAAAUUAGACAUUCCUUAUGAUAUAAUAUGAGGACUCAAAAAUGCCUGAAAAAUUAAUGUAAUUUAAAAUGUACUCCAAGAUCUUGUGACUUGGAAGAUUUUCAUAGCAUGAGGGUAAAACUUUGAAUGGCUUAUUGUACCAAAACCAGUCACCUGAUUCCUGUGUUGUCAGAUGUGAACUUUACUCAAGUUUGACUGAUUUUUAUAAGAAAUCAUCCAAACCCAGUAUUUAUGUUCCUUGAUUGCAGGAUGGAAAAUUCAGAGACCAAUCCUCCAUCGAGGCCCCUAGCAGUGCCGGACAGAGCCAUGUUGCGACCCUCCGCCCCGCUCGGUCAGAUGUCAGAGUCACCCAGGGCCUCUAAGCACAGGGAGCACUCGUCCAAGUCACCAAGGAAACGACGGGAUGGGAAGAGGUCGCAGCGACGGGGGGGCGAUCAUGAACAGCUGCUGUGGGAGAUUGAGCGCCGGAGGUUGCCAGGCCAACACGAGCACUUGGAGCCCUGCAGUUCAGCAAGCGACACAGCGGAAAGUUCUCCUAAGAGAAGAGCCCACUUUCUACAUGGACCGUAUCCAGCCACUCACUUCGGACCCAAAGCCUGCAUUCUUCCCAACCCAACUUCAGUCAUGCACAUCCAAGACCCAGCCAGCCAGAGGCUCACCUGGAACAAACCUCCAGUGAAUGUGCUCGUCAUCAGGAAAAUCAGAGAUGAGAGCCUGGCUGAACCUUUCAAAGAGCUCUGCAGGUUUCUAGUAGAGGAGAAGCAGAUGAUGGUGUACGUGGAGCGCAGGGUCGCAGAUGACGCCACGCUGUCGAAGGACGAGGCGUUCGGCUCAAUCCGUAAUCAGCUCUGCACCUUCAGAGAGGGUUAUGAUGAUAUAUCCGACUGCAUCGAUCUCAUCAUUUGUCUGGGUGGCGACGGGACUUUGCUUUACGCCUCUUCGCUCUUCCAGGGAAGUGUCCCUCCAGUCAUGGCAUUCCACCUUGGCUCUCUGGGCUUUCUGACACCGUUCAAGUUUGAGUCAUACAAGACUGAAGUAGCCAAAGUGUUUGAAGGCAACGCAGCAAUCACUCUGCGCAGUCGUCUGAAGGUGAAGGUGGUGAAGGACAUGCUUCAGAGAACAGGAGAGCAGCCGUACAGCGGAGGGCCACAACAACAGCCGGAGCACAAUGGACUCCUUCCUCAUGGACACACCAACACUGAUGCUGGCAGGGUCACCCUGCAGCUACAGGUGUUGAAUGAGGUGGUGGUGGAUCGAGGACCCUCCUCCUACCUGUCCAACGUGGACUUGUACCUUGAUGGACGACUCAUCACCUCAGUGCAGGGAGACGGUUUGAUCGUGUCCACACCUACAGGCAGCACGGCGUACGCGGCUGCAGCAGGAGCUUCUAUGAUCCAUCCCAAUGUCCCCGCCAUCAUGGUCACUCCCAUUUGCCCCCACUCGCUCUCUUUCAGGCCCAUCGUGGUUCCUGCUGGGGUGGAGCUCAUGAUCACGUUGUCCCCUGAUGCCAGGAACACUGCCUGGGUGUCGUUUGAUGGCAGGAAGAGGCAGGAGAUCCAGCACGGAGACUGUAUUAAGAUCACGACCUCCUGUUAUCCGGUGCCAUCGAUCUGUUGUCACGACCUGGUGUAUGACUGGUUUGAAAGUCUGGCUCAGUGUUUGCACUGGAACGUACGCAAGAGGCAGGCCCGACUCGCAGACACCUCUGACUCGUCAGACACAGAAAACUGACUGGUAUUGUUGGGGUUCAAAGACAUUCACCUGAAGCUCUCUGCAGCAGCCCGGAGAGAACGAAGGGAUCAGGUUUGUUCAGAGACGAACUGAGGAAUCGUCUGCAACCAAAUCAGCGUCAAAUCAGCGGUGCACAGUGAUCAUUUGCACCCCAAGUCAUCAACGCAUUACAGUCCAGUGAAUACACACUGUAGUUUAUGUGUAUCUUCCAGAAAGAAAGCAUGUUUCAUCUUACCCGGGAAUGGAAAAAAAAAAAUCUUAACAAUUGCAUGAUGAUGACCACCCGAAGCUCCUCAUGAGUACUAAACAAUCAUCAAUGAUAAGUGUAAGAGUGCUAGAUGUUAGCGACAUAAACGUAGAGAUACACUGAAAGCUGAAAUGAAGCAAACAUACUCUUUGUACUCAACCUUUAAAUGUACAUUUGUAAAUACAAGAAUCUAGGAUUAAUUUAUUUAACGUCAUAUUUAUGUAAUAUCUGAAUAUUUUCAGGACAGGAGUUUGAAGCAAGUUUAAGAAAACAGUCGACUUAAAAUGAAAUUUCUAUCACGGAGUAAACCAAAGACGACUGUAUGUGAUUGUUUUCUACUUUAUGAACGUCUUGUGGAGUUCACGGCCUACUUUCUGUUCUCACCGUAAAACACUUCAUGUUUCAGCUGCCUUACAAACUUCUCAGCCUGAGUUAUAAUGCAAGUCAGAUUUCUGUGUCGCCGUCGUUAUCAACAGAUUGUGAAAUGAUUAAAAGAUGUAGCAGGAGCCAAACUUAAAAAUAAAGAAAAAACAAAUUU